AUGCUCACAAUGAAUCGUCUGCCUACCUUCCCCUUUGUGUGCGCCAUUGCACUUCUACUAGUCAAUUCUGCCAUUGCUGCUAACCUUGCACAAUCUCGCGCCUUUGGAAUUUCUCGCGUUUGUAAUGGCUCUAUCGCUUGUUCGCUCAUCAAUUCCAACUGGCCGACCAACAAAGACUUCACUUGUGGAAAUGAAACUAUUUCCUCGAUCUCCUUUGCUUCUGCCUAUCCUUACAUGAUGAUGGGGGAGGGAGUCUCGAUGGUAAAUUCAAGUAGCUCAUGGCCCUCUUCAGUCGCGUCCGAUUGUCAAAAUAGUACAACUGCCGACCGAUAUCAAUAUAAAAAUGGAGUUUGGAAUGCUUACUAUUCGAUCGUCGCCAAUUGCGGCUGUACUGGGACCGGAGAAAGUGCACUUCCCAAUUGCACUGCUGCUACCUCCCAAUCGAGUGGAGCUUGCAAUGUCGCAAUGUUCACAUUCUGUGCGAUCGAGAUGAACGAUGUCCUCUGCACCUACACGUAA